GAGGAGUGUGUGUGUAUGUGUAGGUUUGUGUGUGUGCGAGCAGCUGAUAUAGGGUGAUGUAGAAGAACGGGUCACUCUCAGUGGAAGUAUGGAGUGAGAUCGGCUGUGUUAUGAGCUCGUGGAAGGGUCUGUAAGUCACUGGAUCAUCGAUAGCCUACUGACGAUAUUACGCACCAUUUCUGUCUCUCUGGAGGAACACGACAGAUUCAUGCUGAUGGGCUGGUUGUGCGUUUGGGUUGUUUCUGUCCUGAUCGGAUCUUCUCUGUGUCUGCCUCAUGGAGUCAGUAAAGCAGUGGCGCUUCCAGACGGCCUUCAGGAGACGCCGUAUGGAGAAGCUGAAAAUAAAGACAGCCAAAAUGAGGGUCCAUGUAAGAGGACGUACUGUGGUCGAGGACAGGAGUGUGUGGUCAGGGAUCUAACGGGUCGUGCAGAAUGUGUGUGCCAGGAAAGAUGCCACAGCUCAUUUGUGCCCGUCUGCGGCUCUGAUGGACACUUUUAUGAGAAUCACUGUGAGCUGUACCGUACUGCUUGCCUGCAGCGGAAGAGGAUUUAUGUGCUUCACAGCAAAGACUGCUUCUUCAAAGGCGACACGUGCACCAUGUCGGAGUAUAACAGGCUGAAGAAUAUGCUGUUAGACAUACAGCCCAGGAGUAUGAAGGACCGGAAAGAAACUUUAGAAAGCGCCAUGGACCAAAGGAGAGCCCUGGUGGACACCAUGUUCAAGUAUUUAGAUCUAAACCAGGAUCGGCAUCUAAGCAGCGAAGAGCUAGCAGAGAUCUCUAUGAAGGAGCACCUGGAAGAAAUGUUGCUGCAGUGCACCAUGCAAGACCUCCUGCGUUAUGAUGAUUACAACAAUGACGGUCACCUGAACCUUCAGGAGCUCUACACAGCUUUCCAGGUGAUCCAGCUCAGUUUGGCAGAUGAGAAGCGUGUGAGCACCACAACAGUGACUGUCGGUCUGAGCGCUGUACUUACCUGUGCCAUACAGGGAACACUGAGACCUCCAAUCAUCUGGAUGAGAAACGGCAUAACCCUUAACUUUCUGGACUUGGAGGAUAUUAAUGAUUUCGGUGACGAUGGCUCACUCUACAUUACGAAGGUGACUACUAUUCACAUGGGGAACUACAGCUGUCAUGCGUAUGGUUAUGAAGAGCUGUCCCAGACCCACGUGCUCCAGGUGAAUGUGCCUCCAGUAAUCCUGGUCUAUCCAGAGACUCAGGCACAGGAACCCGGUGUGGCUGCCAGCCUUCACUGCCAUGCUGAAGGUAUUCCAAACCCUAAACUCACCUGGCUAAAGAAUGGCUUGGAACUCCAGCCACACGGAUCAAAACAGCUUUCAAUGCUUGCCAAUGGCAGUGAGCUUCACAUUAGCAGUGUGCGAUAUGAAGACACUGGAGCUUAUACCUGCAUCGCGAAAAAUGAAGUUGGAGUAGAUGAAGACAUCUCAUCUUUGUUUGUGGAAGAUUCGGCUCGCAAGACACUGGCCAACAUUCUCUGGAGGGAAGAAGGGCUGAGUGUAGGGAACAUGUUUUACGUCUUCUCAAGUGAAGGAAUCACAAUACUGCAGCCUGGAAACUGUGAGAUUCACAGACACAUCAAGUGGACAGAGAGGAUUUUGGGUACUUAUGAAGAGUUGUGUCCUGAAAGCCUGAGUGAUUCACUUCAGAAGUGUGUUUGGGCAUCAGCGGUCAGUGUUAGAGACAAAUAUGUGUAUGCGUCUCAACCGCUUCACAACAGACUGCUGAUCAUUGACACACAGACCCAGAAAGUCAUGCAGGCUGUGGAAACAGCGCCCAUGCCUGUCAAACUCUUUUAUGAAAAAUCUCAUGACCAGCUGUGGGUCUUUAGCUGGGGAGAUUUGUUGAAAUCCACUUCAACAUUACAGGUGAUCUCUUCUGCAAGUCUUGGAGAUCAGCAUCGAAUCAUUCAUGCUCCGUUUGAAAGAGUAGAGGACUUCUACAUCCCACCCACCAAUCUCAUUAUCACACACGUAAGGUUUGGCUUUGUCUACUUGAAAUCGGAGCCGGCGGUGCAUAAAAUCGACCUUGAGACCUUCAAUCUAGUCAAGACCAUUAGUCUUAAAAAUUACAGCUGUAUCCCAGCCAGCAUGGCUUACACUCAUCUGAGCGGGUACUUUUUUAUCGAGUGCCAAGCGAAGAACCGUUCCGGUCCAAACUGGCAACUUCUCAUAGACGGCGUAACCGACGCAGUCAUCGGACCUAAUCCUGACAUCGGCGGCCGACCGUUCGUAUCUCCAGAUGGCCGCAUCAUUGUCUCCAUGGAUAAACGACGUGGGAAGCUUCAAGUUCAGACCGUCUCCUACCAAGGUGAACUUCGGCUAAGCCACAAACUGAAUAUCUCCGUUCCACUCUCGGACUUGGACUUUCAAGCGUCCUUCACCGAAUCCAAUCAGUAUGUGGUGGUGACCUCUUCAAGCGAGGGCUCAGAAGUGUUCUUCUCUGACCUGUCAAUGGGAAAAAGUCAAGUUCUCCAGAACAUCAAAGAGCCAAUUCCAACCUCCAGUUGGUUUUGGGGAGACACCAACAGGUUUGUGAUCUCCAGCGGUGUGUUUGGACGGUACUUGAUCACGUCGUCCGCCGACUCCCUGUUCGUUUUGGACGGCAAGCAAAGCCGUCCUCACUGUGAGGUGUCGGACAUCAAGACAGGAAACACAGCGGUUUGGGUGGGUGAGGUAUGAGCCGGGCACCGCUGGGCGGUUCUGGAAGGGAUAGCGUUGGCCAAAUGAGCCGAAACCUUUAAUGGAUGAGAAUGGACUCGACAUUAGUAAUGAGUGAAAUGAACACGCAUGCGGGUUUCUACACACACAUGCACAUACAUGAAACAAUAAGUAUUAGGAAAUAAAACACGGCAAAUAUUGAAGACAGCCUUCAGUGCAACAGUGAGCUAAUGACACUAAUGACAGAUAUUUUGCACUUUCCUGUUAGCAAAAAUAGUACAGUAGAGUAACAGAAAGGAUAGGUAAGUAUUGAACUAUGCACAAUGACUUUUCACUUGUUUGUUGUUUCAUCACGUGUCAUUGAGAUCAAUUGUGUUGUCUGUUUUUCCUCAGUGUAAAUUAUGGUGUUGUUACGGUGCAUCAUUUAAGUGUUUCCAGCUUUACACGUACAGUAAUGUCAAAUCCUUUGAGAGAAGCUGAUUUUACAGUGAUUAGUACAGUAUUGUAAUAAAAAUAUGAUGGUAAGGUG